UACCAAAGGAAUAAGAAUAAAGAAAAAAAUCUUGAACUCAUCUCAAACACAUUAGAUAGAAAAACUAUAUCAACUCCUUUUUCUUUAACCCAAGAAAUGUGUAUAGACGAAUAUCCUAAAAACUCUUCUACUAAAAAGCAACAGGAUAUAUUCAGAACUAGUGAAAGUAACAAUACUCAAGCUAGUGUAUCCAAAAGAACAGAGGGUAUAACUAUAACUACAAAAAAUACAAAUAUAAAGAAAGAUUCAAAAACUCAGGAAAUUAGUUUGACAAAUGCUAUCGCUUCUGACAAGAAAAUAGCACAAGAAGUAAAUUCUCCUAUGGUUAUUAUUGAUAACAAUAAUCAUGAACUGCAAGAACUUGACUGUUCAGAAGAAGAAUACAUAAUUGUUACAAACAAAAGAAAAAAAGACAAAAAGAAAGUAUCUGUACAAAAUCAAGAAGAGACUAGAACUGCUCCUUACAAGAAAAAAACUCGUAAUGAGAGCCAAAAUAUGCAGAUCUAA